AUGAUUGCCUUCAUAGAAGGCGGGAUGCCCAUCCCCAUGGGUACUAUUACUAGGAACUACCUUAUGUUCUUUAGGUUAUCCCCAACUCAGUGUGCCCCAAAUAUGUUUAGAGUCUUGGGAAGUAUAGAAGCCUUGAAUGAGAGAGUGGACCUAAACCUGACCCAUCAUGACGUGAAUUGGGUGUACAACCUCCACCAUUUAAAGGGGCAGGGAUAUUAUCUCAAGUCGAGGUAUCCCGCGGUGAGGCUAAUUCAGUGCCUUCCCACUUCAAACAAGAACUUAAAGGAGGAUUUCCUUAUCUUUUCUGCGGAAUGGCAUGAUGGUCUGCCAUGCCCCAUGGAGGAAGGAGAACCAGAUAGACGUUCUACCAAGCCCAAACUUAGUUUAGCCAACAAAACAAGUUUGGAUAGGGCAUUGAAAGCCGAGAUAUACCCUGCCCUCAGGGAAGAGGAAGUAGAAGAGAAAGGGGAAGAAGAAGAAAAAGAGGAAGAAGAAGAAGAAAGUCCAGAAGAAGUUGUAGAACUCUCACACUCCUCAGACAAUUUUGGGAUUUUUAAUCAAACUAUACACUCCGAGGAAGCUCUUGACAAGAUGGGAGUACAAAGGAAACCCCAGAAAAGUCUAAUGGAGCUGAUAGAGAAUCAGCCUGGGAAGAGUGCACCGGGAAAAUCAACGCAAUCCCAGAUUCCUCCUUUUCCCACCAGGUCUCCUCCUCCCACUCCUCAUCAACCUCCCCAGCCGGUCAGAGCUGAUGCUGCUGAACUAAAAAGGCAUAGGGAGCAGAAAGGGAAAGAUGUAGUAGAUACAGGAAAGUCUCAUCCGACCCGUGAAGAAAAUGUCCAACGAGCUGCAAAGCAGCAGAAGAUUAGCCAUACUCUUCAGCGAGGCCAGGAUAGGUCUGACACUCAACCUCCUGAGCCACAAGCCUGGCUGCCAGCACCCAUGCACGGUGGGGAGCCCCUACGAGAUGAUGCAUCUAUUAGGGACUUCAACGGUGGCAUUGGGUGCCACAUAGCCUCAGCUAUAGAGGAGGCUUUGUUACUCCCAAAGGACAUGACCGAAAUAAAAAAUGCAAGGAAGAAUGAACUCAUCCUUAACAAUAAAAGAUAUUUGGGAAUGGUUAUCCAAAACACUUUUAGACUGGAUGAGAUGCUCAAUAACUGCUACAAUCAGUUAGAAGAUGAAAGGAAAAGACGAGCAUCGGCUGCUGCCCGGGAGCAAGUGGCAGUCCUUAAAAAGCACUUGGAGGAAACCCAAAAAUUAAGGGAGCAAGCUGAAAAAUCCAGGGAGGAAACCGAGAGGGCAAAGGCUAAGGCCGAACAGGCAACGAACGAGGCCGAACAGAAAGGUUACGACCUCGGGGUGGCUAAGACAGAGGAGACCCUAAAGGUAAUGGUGCCAAUGGUGUGUCGCAUUUACUGCGCCCAAACCUGGAAUGAAGCCUUUAAUCGAGCUGGGGUUGAGGCUUCAUCCGAGUUAAGGAAGGCAGAGAAUGUGUUCUAUCCUACAGCAAUCCGCGCCUCAAAUCCUCCAUCCAGUCAAGCUGAAGACACUUCCUCAACCACUAAUCCUAAUCAGGAGGUUUUGCCUCAAAAUCUUCCUCCCCCUGGCCAACUAGAACCAACUAAAGAGACAAAUGCCCCUCCAGAAGCCUCCUUGGACAUGACUGCAGUAGCUUUUGAGGCAGAGGUAGCCUCUCAAGGCUUAUAA